AGGCCCCGCCCCCCGGAGCCGAGCGCAGGUGAGCGCGCCCGUGAACUCGACGGCGGCGGAGAGCGCGAGCGGAGCAGCGACAUGAGACUCGGUCCGACGCGACCGGACUGAGCUGAACGGCACCGAGCGCACCUAGAUCUGGCUCCAUGAGUGACCCCUGACCCGUAAAGCUCCUCCCCUCCAGUCGUUCCCGUCCAAUCGCAAGCUUCACCAUGGUUUGCUACUACAACGAGAGCAUAAAGUUCUUCUACGACCUCAGUAAGAAGAACAUCAGCGACACGUGGAGGUCCAAAGAUGUGGUGGUGGUGACUCUGGGCCUGCUGGUCUGCACCAUCGUCAUCUUCACCAACAUCCUGGUCAUGUUGGCCAUCUUCAUGAACCGCAGGUUCCACUACCCCAUCUACUACCUGCUGGGGAACCUGGCGGCCGCCGACCUGUUCGCCGGCAUCUCCUACCUGUACCUGAUGUUCCACACGGGCCCCUGGACCAUCAAGCUCUCCGUCUACGAGUGGUUCGUGAGACAGGGUUUGAUCGACACCAGUCUGACGGCCUCCGUCAUCAAUCUGAUGGCCAUCGCGCUGGAGCGCCACCAGACCAUCUUCACCAUGCAGCUGCACAGCAAGAUGACCAACCACCGGGUGGUGCUGCUGAUCGCGGGCAUCUGGGUCAUCGCCAUCGUGAUGGGUUUGGUGCCCGCUAUGGGCUGGAGCUGCGUCUGCAACAUCCUGCAGUGCUCCAACAUGGCGCCGCUCUACAGCCGCAGCUACCUGGUGUUCUGGGCCGUGCUCAACCUGCUGACCUUCACCGUCAUGGUGGCCGUCUACACGCGCAUCUUCGUCUACGUGCGCCGCAAGAGCCACCGCAUGAGCCAGCACACCUCGCAGGUCAAGCACAAGGAGACGGUGGUCAACCUCAUGAAGACCGUCGUCAUGAUCCUGGGGUGUUUCGUGGUCUGCUGGACGCCGGGUCUGGUUCUCCUGCUCCUGGACGGUCUGUGUAAGUCCUGCAACGUCCUGACCUACGAGAAGUUCUUCCUGGUGUUGGCCGAGUGCAACUCCUUCAUGAACCCCAUCAUCUACUCGUACCGCGACAAGGACAUGCGCGACACCUUCAAGCGCAUCCUGUGCUUCCCGUGUCUGGGCUCGCGGCAGAAGGGCGAGCACUCGGGCGUCCGCUUCAACACCCUCGAGCAAGAGCGGAGACGGCGCGUGCUGCAGGAGUCAUGGGUCGCUCGUAAGGCCCGUGAAGGAGACGGAGCGCAGGCUAACGGAGGACAGGUCGCACUGAAGGACGCCGAGGACAUGCUGGACUCCACCGAGAGCUGAGGAACGUGAAGCAGAAGGAUCCGCUCCGUGCAGUGUGCUGAUUGGCCGAAGGAGCCGUCAAUCACUCCCUGCGCAUUUGAAUGGGCAUCAAAUGAAGAGACCGUGUGUUGAGCUGUAACUGUGAAUGAGUUUGUUGUAAAUACGCUUUUUAUUUAAUUAAAGUUUUACCGGUGGAGUUUAUACAUGUUCUUUUGUUUUAUUAUUUUAAAAACAUGACUGACGUUUUUUACGAUGCCAACUUUUCCGCUGCCCAAUACUGAUUCAAUUUCAGCGUUCUUGAAAACAAGUAAGCAAAUGCGUUUCUCAGGUAAUGUCAGAAUGCAAGUAAACCAGAACAAAUUUGUGUAGUCUUUGCUUAUUUCAAGCUUUUUUUUUUUUUGUAAAUAAUUGUACAUUUAAUUGUUGAUGUAACUCCAUGCAAACCCAGUAAGGCAAUCAUUUGUUAAAAUUUAAUUGAAAUAUUAAAAUCUUUUGAGCUACGCUAUAUACAGCCAACCGGAUGUGAUGUAUUUCUGUGUAAAACGUCUUUUUGAAAUGACUUCUUUAUAUUUAUUUACACUGAACAUCCCUAGUAAACACAGCACGCUUGGUCUCCC